UAUUAUCAGAUCCGACCUCUAUGGAGACAUUACUUCCAGAACACCCAGGGCCUUAUCUUUGUUGUCGACAGCAAUGACAGAGAUCGUAUUGUUGAGGCUAGAGAUGAAUUGCACAGGAUGCUUAAUGGGGCAUCUUUGGAUGCAGUGCUGCUGGUCUUUGCGAACAAGCAAGAUCUUCCUAAUGCCAUGAAUGCCGCAGAAAUCACUGAUAAGCUUGGCUUGCACUCCCUCCGUCAACGUCACUGGUACAUCCAGAGCACAUGUGCCACGUCUGGGGAGGGUCUGUAUGAGGGAUUGGACUGGCUCUCAAACAACAUUGCUAACAAGGCAUAGAUAAUGCUGGUUGGGAACCUUGUUGGAGCUGAAAACAUUAGUACAUAUCGAGUAUGCAAGAGUGCUGCCCCAAGGAUCAAUUUGCUUAUGUUUCUACCUCCAUAGACUCGAGCAUCUGUUGUCAUUUAGAUAAAGAAUGAUCUGGAAAUUUGUUCUCCUUACCUAGCUACUAAAUUUUUUGCUAUUUUUCUUUUACCUGCCAAUUGCGUUGUUUGAAGACCUUGCUUGGGUGAUAUAAUAGUUUUGUUUCCACAAAA